UGAUUCAGAUAAAACAUGGUAGAAAAUUACUCGAACACCGUGGAGACAUUCCCUAAUUCUAUUGUCCCAAAUCUCAUCGUCUCCCCCACUCUUCGCCUACCCUCUGGAUCCAUCCAUCUCCGCCUCUCCGGCUCCAAGCACGGCAGCGAUGCUGGAGGCCAAGAAGCUCCCGCCCCCAUCUCGGCUCCAACCCCCUUCAGCUCCCGCCCCCAGCCCUCUCCCCUACCAUCACCACCACUACGGCACCUUCCCCCCGCCGUCGCAGCCGCCGCCCGUCGGAGGCGCCACCUACCACGCCUCCUCCCAGAUCGGGUUCGGUAGCCAGGGCGUUGUGGCCUUCCCGGGCACAGUCCAGCAGCAGAUCUUCGUGGAGGGUGUCCCCGUCCAGGAGCCGCCCCUGCCCUUCUGCGGCAUCGGCAUCGGCUGGUUUCUGUUCUUAUUGGGGUUCUUCUUGGCUGCCAUUCCGUGGUAUGCUGGUGCCUUCCUUCUAUUCUUUGUUGCUCUGGACCACAGAGAGAAGCCUGGAUUAAUUGCAUGCACCAUUGUUGGCAUAUUUGCACUAGUCCCACUCAUUCUGAACGGUAUCAGAAUGCAUCCUUUCUGGUGAACAAUGCUGGAUGUCGCCAAUCAAAGUCAAUAUGUAGCUAACAUUCCUGGCCCCACAUUCGAGAUGUCCGUACUCAAUAGCUGUAUUGUAUUGCUCGUGCCUGUGUAGAACAAAAUAUAUGAGCUUGUUUUUCAUGUGCAGGCUCCCAUGUUUAUAAUCAUGAUUUUUUUUGAAGGGUCAACUGAAGGGGAGAGGAUCCCCCACCUGGUAGCAUUUCAUGUAAUCACGAACUGUACAGUUUAUCUAUAUAACUUGGCUCCAAUCUAACAGUUUACCAGAGCAGGAGCAAGUAGUAUAUGCUUGUUCACCAUGGUCGA